UCUCUCCUCCCUCACUUCUUCUUGCCUUCUGCUCCAUCCACUUAUGCUGGCUUUAUCCGGUUGAGAACACAGUGUUUCUUCUUUUGGGUGGGUGAAAAGAUGGAGAGAGAACAGUGCCAAGAAAGGAAGAAGGAACGCCGAAGGGAAGGGAACACAUCGUGGUUGUGGCAGUGAGUAUCUGCAGAGGAACCAGGCAGGCAGCAGCCCUCUGCAGUGGUUGGGUGCUAUUGGCCUGCAGUCACUGAUUUCAGCGGAGGGGGAAAGAGCCACACAGACAGGAAUGGCUGCCCCCGCUUUGGCUAUCAUGAAAGAGCCACCGUCCUAUCAUUGUUUAAGACAAAACAAUAACAACAACAACACCCUACCUACCUAAUAAGGUCCUGUCCUGGCAACGUUCUGUCCUUUCUAAUUGCACCACAGCUGAAUGGCAAGCCUAGCAGUCUCUUAGAACAUUUUAUUCAACUUCUACCAUGGCUGUUUUAAAGGAAGGCUUACAAGGCUCUGUGGGAAUAGCAGAAAUGAGCGGCGGUGGGCUGGGAAGCACCAAGACGCCCUGCUUAAAGGACUGAAGCCAACUGAGAGUAAAAUUCCAGGCUGAAUAGCUUCCUCCUGGGUUUGACCCAAUGGGUGAUGCUGUGUUCCAGGGCUCACUGUGUGUGGCGAGGUGCGUGCACCCAUGUUGUUCUUAAUUCUUUCUUCUGUAGAGAAUGACACCAAGUAAGAGAGGAGCUCCAGUUGGCCUCCUCCUUCAGGCCCACUAUCAGCACCAAUAGAGAGUUAUAGUUUAUAUAUGUGCUUAUAAGGGCAUGAGGGCUGCCUGUCUGUUCCCCAGGUGAUGCUCCUCCCACAGUCCCUCUCUGUCCAGGUCUUCUGUUGCGGUAGGAGUCUCACAUUUCAAGUUUCAUUUAAGAGGCUUUAGGAAAAAAUGACUUUGGCAUUCUUAUUUGGAAAUGCGCUCUCUGGCCAACUGUAAGCCACUGACCAAUGGGACAUAUCAAAGGCUUGUUUGUCAGUCAUCAUAUAUUCUGUGCCUGUGGCAUGCUGGCACUGCCCCUGCUUCUUGAGCACUGCUGUUAGCAUAGCCCCACUGUGAAGGUCUUCCACCUCUCCAGGAAAGGUGCUACAUUCUCUAGGGAAUGUCAAGGUCCAGAAAACGUGAUGAGGGGGAGCCAGCUCACACCUAUGUACCAUUUGAAACUUGUUCAACUUCUUGAAAGAUGACUUUGGUUCUCUUUAGACAGGGAAGGUAAUUCUUCUCCAACAGAGCUCUCGGGGUGGUUAGGGCCCAAAGGAGCUGACAGAUGCGAAAGUACUUUGUGAGCUAAGAAGUACUGGCCACAUGUGAGUGAGCCAUAGAGUCUUGUUAUUCACAAAAGGGAGGACUAUGGACCAUUUCUCUCCAGAGAGGAGAGGACUUUGCAUUUUUGUGUUAAUGACUCACGAGAUUCUUGUCCAUUUAAGGCAGUAACAAAAUUGCACUAACAGAGCCUGAGAGGUAUCUCCUUGGGUGGUGAGGACUCCGCUGUGUCCCACAGCUGCCCUUUAAGAGGUAAGAAGGAUACUGGGCAGGGCAAGGGGUGGAGAUUGUGGCUCCACCUACUUUCUCCCUCUUCCUGCUAGUUCCUGGACGUGCCUCCUGCCUAGUCUGAGUCCUUUAGAAACAUGCAAACUAUUUCUUUUGGCUCUUUUAAAGGAAGGCUUAUGGGGCUCUGUGGGAAUAGCAGAAAUGAGUGGGGGUGGGCUGGAGAGCACCAAGACGCCCUACUUAAAGGAUUGAAGCCAACCGAGAGUAAAAUUCCAGGCUGAACAGCUUCCUCUUGGGUUUGACCCAAUGGGUGAUGAGUCCCAGAAAUGGCAGAUGCUGGAGGAGAGCCCCUUUGACUCCAGAUGCCUGAUGGAGACCAGGAGGCUGGGAGUAGAAGCUGCCAUAGGUAAGCCGAAAAACAGCUGUGGGGAAUGUGCACUUGGCUGUUGAAUGGAGGUGCUCUACACCUGGAGUCCCCUCUGCUUUCCUUUCUGUGAUCAGGAUCCCCUGUCACCCGAGGGACAGCCUUCUCAUGUAAGUGGCCAGCCUACUGACCAAGCAGCCUCAAGGGAGGCAAGAAUAGAGCACUCUGCUCCUGCUCUUGAAACGUCUGCAAGCCUGAGUCAGUGUCCAGAGGCUGACGUGCUACAGUCAAGCGAUAGUCAACGCUUCUCCUGCCUUCCACGUGGAAAGGUGUGGGUUACCUAGAAUCCCUUGCUUGUUCUUUCAGUCAGUCGACACUCACUUGCAUUAAAGAUUGAAGUAAAAGUCACUUGAAUGCUUCUGAGAUAAGGCACUACAUUAGGCACCUUGAAGAUUAAGGAGCAGAUCUGAACUCCAUGUCGUUUAUGUUUCGGUAAGGUAGACAAAUUGUAUACAGAAGAGAAAGUGGAUUGAAGAUGACGUAUAAAGGAAGGAAGAUUGGGGACGGCCUGGACUCUGUGGCAUUUGAGUCAGACAUUGGAAGAUUUAGGGUUUGACCCUAAGAAGGGGUACGGAGAGAAGGGGCCCUGACAGGAGGUAUUGGAUCAGGGGCAUAGGAUUAGAAGGUCAGAACUAUAGCGAACCAUUUUGUAGGGGCAGGGGAGAAGGGCAAAGAGAACCUUUUGUCUGCUUCACUUACCUGUGACACCAGGAGCUUCCCUCCUUCGUGCUGAGCCUCAUAGUUCCUCUGUGAAUAAAAUGCUGGUCUUUCCAGUCAUAGAGGAGGAAGCUGAGGCAGAAGGCCAAGAGGUGUUAAGUAAGAACCAGGAUUUGAACUUGAAAGUAGCAUUGCAGUGCCCAGUCUCUCCUUAAUAGAAUCUCUGAGGGGAAGUAGGGAGAAAGGACCCACAAGCCCUUUUCUAGUUGUGAGGGUCUAACAGAUUUGGACAGGGAGCACCUGAGGUCCUCACAACGAGGCAGUCGGACUCCUGGACUUUUUGGACUGAUUCCAGAGUCCAGGAUGGUUGAGCAUCUGGCUUCUCAUUCAUCCAACUAUUGGGAGAGCCACUGGCCUCUGUGUGGGAGGAGAUACUAGAAUGAAAUUUUAAACGUGGCCUUCUCUGUGGAUUUUCAUUCCCAGGGCUACCUCAAACCUUGCUACUGUGCAAGAGCCCUCCCUGACUCCCUCCCCCGCACUCCAGCCUCCCCUGGGGUUCAUGCAGGCUCAGUCUGCACACGGCGUGUUCUGCAUUUGCUCCUUUGUUGCUGUGAAACGGGCUCACAGCACAGUCAGCCCCUGUGUGGGAGGACUGGUGGCUGUCUUUACAGGCAGGCAUUUGCUUAGAGCAGGCUGCGUGUGAGCCCAACACCCGAGAAUCUGCCCUCCUUGAGUCGGUGGUGGUGGUGGUGGUGGGAUGAGGCUCUGCCCUGGAGACUGGCUGUGAAGGAUGAGUUCAGGGUGGGAUGACGGACCGCUUCUGGGACCAGUGGUAUCUUUGGUAUCUCCGCUUGCUUCGGCUUCUGGAUCGAGGUAUCCUGAGAUCUUUUCGGAAUGAUGGUUUGAAAGCUUCUGAUGUCCUUCCUAUCCUAAAGGAGAAAGUGGCCUUUGUGUCUGGGGGUCGUGAUAAGCGAGGUGGACCCAUCCUGACCUUCCCUGCCCGAAGCAAUCAUGACAGAAUAAGACAGGAAGACCUACGGAAACUCGUGACGUAUUUGGCCAGUGUGCCAAGCGAGGACGUUUGCAAACGUGGCUUCACCGUCAUCAUCGACAUGCGGGGCUCCAAGUGGGACCUCAUCAAGCCCCUCCUCAAGACGCUGCAGGAAGCCUUUCCCGCCGAGAUCCAUGUGGCCCUCAUCAUCAAGCCUGACAACUUCUGGCAGAAGCAGAAGACCAACUUUGGCAGCUCCAAAUUCAUCUUUGAGACGAGCAUGGUGUCUGUGGAGGGCCUCACGAAGCUGGUGGACCCCUCCCAGCUGACAGAAGAGUUUGACGGUUCCCUGGAUUACAACCACGAGGAGUGGAUUGAGUUGCGCCUCUCCCUGGAGGAGUUCUUCAACAGUGCGGUCCACCUGCUCUCACGCCUCGAGGACCUGCAGGAGAUGCUGGCCCGGAAGGAGUUCCCUGUGGAUGUGGAGGGCUCUCGGAGGCUUAUCGACGAGCACACACAACUUAAGAAAAAGGUGCUGAAGGCCCCCGUGGAAGAGCUGGACCGGGAGGGGCAGCGGCUACUGCAGUGUAUCCGCUGCAGUGAUGGCUUCUCAGGGCGCAACUGCAUCCCAGGAAGUGCCGACUUCCAGAGCCUUGUACCCAAGAUCACCAGCCUCCUGGACAAGCUGCAUUCCACCCGACAACACCUGCACCAGAUGUGGCACGUCCGAAAGCUCAAGCUGGAUCAGUGCUUCCAGCUGCGGCUCUUCGAGCAGGAUGCCGAGAAGAUGUUCGACUGGAUAAGCCACAACAAGGAGUUAUUUCUUCAGAGCCACACAGAGAUCGGAGUCAGCUACCAGCAUGCACUAGACCUCCAGACACAGCACAAUCACUUUGCCAUGAACUCCAUGAAUGCCUAUGUCAACAUCAACCGCAUCAUGUCUGUCGCAUCCCGCCUCUCAGAGGCUGGCCAUUAUGCCUCCCAGCAAAUCAAGCAGAUCUCCACGCAGCUAGACCAGGAGUGGAAGAGCUUUGCUGCUGCCCUGGAUGAACGCAGUACAAUCCUGGCCAUGUCUGCUGUGUUCCACCAGAAGGCAGAGCAGUUCCUGUCAGGAGUGGAUGCCUGGUGUAAGAUGUGCAGUGAAGGCGGCCUUCCUUCUGAGAUGCAGGACCUGGAGCUGGCAAUCCACCAUCACCAGUCCUUGUAUGAGCAGGUGACCCAGGCCUACACAGAGGUCAGCCAGGAUGGGAAAGCACUCCUGGAUGUCCUGCAGCGUCCCCUGAGCCCUGGGAACUCCGAGUCCCUCACAGCCACAGCCAACUACUCCAAGGCGGUACACCAGGUGCUGGAUGUGGUACAUGAGGUGCUACACCACCAGCGGCGGCUCGAGAGCAUCUGGCAGCACCGUAAAGUGCGGCUUCACCAGCGGCUGCAGCUGUGCGUCUUCCAGCAGGAUGUGCAGCAGGUGCUGGACUGGAUUGAAAACCACGGUGAGGCCUUUCUCAGCAAACACACUGGGGUCGGCAAGUCCCUGCAUCGGGCACGGGCAUUGCAGAAGAGGCAUGAUGACUUUGAAGAGGUGGCUCAGAAUACAUACACCAAUGCGGACAAGCUCCUAGAGGCAGCAGAGCAGCUGGCUCAGACUGGGGAAUGUGACCCGGAAGAGAUCUACAAGGCUGCCCGACACCUGGAGGUGCGCAUCCAAGACUUCGUGCGCAGAGUGGAGCAGCGGAAGCUUCUUCUGGACAUGUCCGUCUCUUUCCACACGCACACCAAAGAGCUGUGGACAUGGAUGGAAGACCUUCAGAAGGAGGUGCUGGAGGAUGUCUGUGCAGACUCUGUGGAUGCGGUCCAGGAACUGAUCAAGCAGUUCCAGCAGCAGCAGACCGCUACCCUGGACGCCACUCUCAACGUCAUCAAGGAAGGCGAAGACCUUAUCCAGCAGCUCAGGUCAGCGCCUCCCUCCCUGGGGGAGCCCACCGAGGCCAGGGACUCAGCUGUAUCCAACAACAAGACGCCCCACAGUAGUUCCAUCAGCCAUAUCGAGUCUGUCCUCCAGCAGCUGGACGAUGCUCAGGUACAGAUGGAGGAGCUGUUUCACGAGCGGAAGAUCAAGCUGGACAUCUUCCUGCAGCUGCGCAUCUUCGAACAGUACACCAUUGAGGUCACCGCAGAGCUGGAUGCCUGGAAUGAGGACUUGCUCCGGCAGAUGAAUGACUUCAACACAGAGGACCUGACCCUGGCAGAGCAGCGGCUACAGCGCCACACAGAACGGAAGCUUGCCAUGAACAACAUGACAUUCGAGGUCAUCCAGCAGGGCCAGGACCUGCACCAAUAUAUCAUGGAAGUCCAAGCCUCAGGAAUCGAGUUAAUCUGUGAGAAGGACGUUGACCUGGCAGCUCAGGUGCAAGAGCUACUGGAAUUUCUCCAUGAGAAGCAGCACGAACUGGAGCUCAAUGCGGAGCAGACGCACAAGCGGCUAGAGCAGUGUCUCCAGCUGCGGCACCUCCAGGCUGAGGUCAAACAGGUUCUGGGAUGGAUCCGCAAUGGAGAGUCCAUGCUCAACGCCAGCCUGGUCAAUGCCAGCUCUUUGUCUGAGGCAGAGCAGCUACAGCGGGAGCACGAACAGUUCCAGCUAGCCAUCGAGUCCCUCUUUCAUGCCACUUCCUUGCAGAAGACGCACCAGAGCGCCCUGCAGGUACAGCAGAAGGCAGAGGCACUGCUCCAGGCCGGCCACUAUGACGCCGAUGCUAUCCGGGAAUGUGCGGAGAAGGUGGCCCUCCACUGGCAACAGCUCAUGCUAAAGAUGGAGGACCGGCUGAAACUCGUCAAUGCCUCUGUGGCCUUUUACAAGACCUCUGAGCAGGUGUGCAGCGUUCUGGAGAGCUUAGAGCAGGAGUACCGGAGAGACGAAGACUGGUGCGGCGGGAGAGACAAGCUGGGGCCGGCGGCAGAGAUGGACCACGUCAUUCCACUCCUCAGCAAGCAUCUGGAGCAGAAGGAGGCCUUCCUGAAGGCCUGCACUCUGGCACGGCGGAAUGCCGAGGUGUUCCUCAAGUACAUCCACAGGAACAAUGUGAGCAUGCCCAGUGUUGCCAGCCACACCAGGGGACCCGAACAGCAAGUAAAAGCCAUCUUGAGUGAGCUCUUGCAGAGAGAGAAUCGCGUCCUGCACUUCUGGACCUUGAAGAAGCGGCGGUUAGACCAGUGUCAGCAAUAUGUGGUGUUUGAACGCAGUGCUAAACAGGCACUAGACUGGAUCCAAGAAACAGGAGAAUAUUACCUCUCAACCCAUACCUCCACUGGAGAGACCACAGAGGAGACUCAGGAGCUGCUGAAAGAGUAUGGAGAAUUCAGGGUGCCUGCCAAGCAAACAAAAGAGAAGGUGAAGCUUCUGAUCCAGCUAGCAGACAGCUUUGUGGAAAAGGGCCACAUCCAUGCCACAGAGAUACGGAAAUGGGUGACCACGGUGGACAAGCACUACCGGGAUUUCUCCCUGAGGAUGGGGAAGUACCGGUACACCCUGGAGAAAGCCCUGGGAGUCAACACGGAGGAUAACAAGGACCUAGAGCUGGACAUUAUCCCAGCAAGCCUUUCAGACCGGGAGGUCAAGCUCCGGGAUGCUAACCACGAGGUCAAUGAAGAGAAACGGAAGUCAGCUCGAAAGAAAGAAUUCAUUAUGGCUGAACUGCUCCAGACCGAGAAGGCUUAUGUAAGAGACCUACACGAGUGCUUGGAGACCUACCUGUGGGAAAUGACCAGUGGCGUGGAAGAGAUACCGCCUGGGAUCCUCAAUAAGGAGCACAUCAUCUUCGGCAACAUCCAGGAGAUCUAUGACUUCCACAACAACAUCUUCCUCAAAGAGCUGGAGAAGUACGAGCAGCUGCCUGAGGAUGUGGGACACUGCUUUGUUACCUGGGCAGACAAAUUUCAGAUGUAUGUCACCUACUGUAAAAACAAGCCUGAUUCCAACCAGCUGAUCCUGGAGCACGCAGGCACCUUCUUUGAUGAGAUCCAGCAGCGGCACGGGCUGGCCAACUCCAUCUCUUCCUACUUAAUUAAGCCUGUCCAGAGAGUUACGAAGUACCAGCUGCUCCUGAAGGAACUUUUAACUUGCUGUGAAGAAGGGAAAGGGGAGCUCAAGGAUGGCCUGGAGGUGAUGCUCAGUGUCCCCAAGAAAGCCAAUGAUGCCAUGCAUGUCAGCAUGCUGGAAGGGUUCGAUGAGAACUUGGAUGUACAGGGGGAGUUGAUUCUCCAGGAUGCCUUUCAAGUGUGGGACCCAAAGUCGCUGAUCCGGAAGGGGCGGGAACGGCAUCUGUUCCUCUUUGAGAUCUCCUUGGUGUUUAGCAAAGAGAUCAAAGACUCUUCAGGACACACGAAAUAUGUUUACAAGAACAAGCUACUGACCUCAGAGCUGGGUGUGACCGAGCACGUAGAAGGUGACCCCUGCAAAUUCGCCUUGUGGUCUGGGCGCACCCCAUCCUCAGACAAUAAAACAGUGCUCAAAGCUUCCAACAUCGAAACCAAGCAGGAAUGGAUCAAGAACAUUCGGGAAGUGAUUCAGGAAAGGAUCAUUCAUCUUAAAGGAGCUUUAAAGGAGCCAAUCCAGCUCCCCAAAACACCAGCCAAACUGAGGAACAAUAGUAAGAGGGAUGGGGUAGAGGAUGGUGACAGCCAGGGGGACGGGAGCAGCCAGCCCGAUACCAUAUCCAUUGCCUCCAGGACCUCUCAGAACACAGUGGAGAGUGACAAGCUCUCAGGUGGAUGUGAGCUGACCGUGGUCCUCCAGGACUUCAGCGCGGCCCACAGCAGUGAGCUGAGCAUCCAGGUGGGGCAGACUGUGGAGCUGUUGGAACGACCCAGUGAGAGACCCGGCUGGUGUCUGGUCCGCACCACAGAGCGGAGCCCCCCACAGGAAGGCCUGGUCCCCAGCAGCACCUUGUGCAUCUCACACUCGAGAAGCAGCGUGGAAAUGGACUGCUUCUUCCCCCUGGUGAAAGAUUCAUACUCUCAUUCCUCCGGUGAGAAUGGAGGCAAGUCUGAGUCCGUGGCCAACCUGCAGUCUCAGCCCUCCCUGAACUCCAUCCACAGUUCCCCUGGUCCCAAGCGCUCCACCAACACCCUUAAGAAGUGGCUGACGAGCCCUGUGCGUCGGCUCAACAGCGGGAAAGCAGACGGAAACAUCAAAAAGCAGAAGAAAGUACGGGAUGGGCGGAAGAGCUUCGACCUGGGCUCACCCAAGCCAGGGGACGAGACAACCCCUCAGGGAGACAGUGCUGAUGAGAAGAGCAAGAAAGGUUGGGGAGAAGAUGAGCCAGAUGAAGAGUCACACACACCUCUCCCCCCGCCCAUGAAGAUCUUUGACAACGACCCCACCCAGGAUGAGAUGUCCUCUUUGCUAGCAGCCCGGCAGGCUCCCACUGACGUGCCUACUGCUGCAGACCUUGUCAGUGCAAUAGAAAAGUUGGUCAAAAGUAAGCUGACUCUGGAAGGAGGCUCUUACCGGGGGAGCUUGAAGGACCCUACAGUCUGCCUGAAUGAGGGGAUGGCCCCUCCCACACCUCCUAGAAACCUGGAAGAAGAACAGAAAGCCAAGGCUCUAAGAGGCAGGAUGUUUGUCCUGAAUGAGUUGGUGCAGACAGAGAAGGACUACGUCAAGGACCUGGGGAUUGUGGUGGAGGGCUUCAUGAAAAGAAUAGAAGAGAAGGGGGUCCCCGAGGACAUGCGAGGGAAGGAAAAGAUCGUGUUUGGAAACAUCCACCAGAUUUACGACUGGCAUAAAGAUUUUUUCCUGGCUGAACUGGAAAAAUGCAUCCAAGAGCAAGACAGAUUGGCCCAGCUCUUCAUUAAACAUGAGCGGAAGCUGCACAUCUAUGUGUGGUACUGCCAGAACAAACCACGUUCCGAAUACAUCGUGGCUGAAUAUGAUGCCUACUUUGAGGAGGUUAAACAAGAGAUCAAUCAAAGGCUGACCCUUAGUGACUUCCUCAUCAAGCCCAUUCAGAGAAUAACAAAGUACCAGCUGCUACUCAAGGACUUCCUGCGGUACAGCGAGAAGGCUGGUUUGGAGUGUUCUGAUAUUGAGAAAGCAGUGGAGUUAAUGUGCCUUGUCCCCAAGCGCUGUAAUGACAUGAUGAAUCUGGGACGCCUGCAGGGCUUUGAGGGCACCCUGACCGCCCAGGGCAAGCUUCUACAGCAGGACACGUUCUAUGUGAUUGAGCUGGAUGCUGGCAUGCAGUCCCGGACCAAGGAGAGGCGUGUGUUUCUCUUUGAGCAGAUUGUCAUCUUUAGUGAACUGCUCCGAAAGGGAUCCCUCACCCCAGGCUACAUGUUCAAGAGGAGCAUCAAGAUGAAUUACUUGGUUCUGGAAGAAGAUGUGGAUGAUGACCCCUGCAAAUUUGCACUUAUGAACAGGGAGACUUCAGAAAGGGUCAUUCUGCAGGCCGCCAACCCAGACAUCCAGCAGGCCUGGGUGCAGGACAUCAACCAAGUCCUAGAAACACAGAGGGACUUCUUAAAUGCUCUGCAGUCACCCAUCGAGUAUCAGCGGAAGGAGAGGAGCACAGCUGUGAUCCGGUCCCAGCCCCCUAGGGUUCCUCAAGCCAGCCCCAGGCCCUAUUCGUCUGUCCCAGUGGGCUCAGAGAAACCCCCCAAGGGCUCCAGCUACAACCCGCCCCUGCCACCCCUGAAAAUAUCUACCUCGAAUGGCAGUCCAGGGUUCGACUACCACCAGCCUGGGGACAAGUUUGACGCUAGCAAGCAGAACGACCUGGGAGGCUGCAAUGGGACCUCAACCAUGGCCGUAAUUAAAGAUUACUAUGCACUGAAGGAGAACGAAAUCUGUGUGAGCCAAGGUGAGGUGGUCCAGGUCCUCGCCGUCAACCAGCAGAACAUGUGUCUGGUGUACCAGCCUGCCAGCGACCAUUCCCCAGCAGCGGAGGGCUGGGUCCCAGGCAGCAUCCUGGCACCCCUCACCAAAGCCACAGCGCCAGCCGAGAGUAGUGAUGAGAGCAUCAAGAAGUCAUGCUCAUGGCACACUCUACGCAUGAGAAAGCGGGCAGACGUGGAGAACACGGGUAAAAAUGAAGCCACAGGGCCUCGUAAACCCAAGGAUAUUCUGGGCAACAAAGCCUCUGUUAAAGAGACGAACAGUUCCGAGGAGUCAGAGUGUGAUGAUCUUGACCCUAAUACUAGUAUGGAGAUCUUGAAUCCGAAUUUCAUCCAGGAAGUGGCUCCGGAAUUCCUUGUGCCCUUGGUAGAUGUGACCUGCUUGCUCGGAGACACAGUACUGCUACAGUGCAAAGCCUGUGGGCGGCCAAAGCCUACCAUCACCUGGAAGGGUCCAGAUCAGAACAUCCUAGACACCGACAACAGUUCAGCCACAUACACCAUCUCCUCCUGUGAUUCUGGGGAAAGCACCCUCAAGAUCUGCAACCUGAUGCCCCAAGACAGCGGGAUUUAUACCUGCAUAGCAACAAAUGACCACGGAACCGCAUCCACGUCUGCUACAGUUAAGGUGCAAGGUGUACCCGCAGCCCCCAAUCGCCCAAUCGCACAGGAGAGGAGCUGCACCUCCGUCAUCCUCCGCUGGCUGCCCCCAGCCAGCACCGGAAACUGCACUAUUUCGGGGUACACAGUGGAGUACCGCGAGGAAGGUUCGCAGGUCUGGCAGCAGUCGGUAGCUUCAACCUUGGACACUUACCUAGUCAUUGAAGAUCUUAGUCCAGGGUGCCCUUAUCAGUUCAGGGUCAGCGCCAGCAACCCCUGGGGAAUCAGCCUUCCCAGUGAGCCCUCGGAGUUUGUGCACCUUCCAGAGUACGAUGCAGCUGCUGAUGGUGCCACCAUUUCUUGGAAGGAAAAUUUUGAUUCUGCUUACACCGAACUGAACGAGAUUGGCAGAGGCCGUUUCUCUAUUGUAAAGAAAUGCAUUCACAAAGCUACCCGCAAAGACGUUGCUGUGAAAUUUGUGAGCAAGAAAAUGAAAAAGAAGGAACAGGCUGCGCACGAGGCCGCCCUGCUCCAGCACCUGCAGCACCCCCAGUACGUCACCCUCCACGACACCUACGAGUCCCCCACAUCCUACAUCCUGAUUUUGGAACUGAUGGAUGACGGCCGACUCUUGGACUACCUAAUGAAUCACGAUGAGCUGAUGGAAGAAAAGGUAGCUUUCUACAUUCGAGACAUCAUGGAAGCUCUGCAGUACCUUCACAACUGCAGGGUGGCACAUUUGGACAUAAAGCCUGAAAACCUCCUCAUUGACCUCCGGAUCCCAGUGCCUCGAGUGAAACUCAUCGACUUGGAAGAUGCUGUCCAGAUCUCAGGCCACUUCCACAUCCACCAUCUGCUGGGGAACCCUGAGUUUGCUGCCCCGGAAGUGAUCCAAGGCAUCCCUGUCUCCCUGGGCACAGACAUCUGGAGCAUCGGGGUUCUGACCUACGUCAUGCUUAGCGGGGUCUCCCCCUUCUUAGAUGAGAGCAAAGAGGAGACCUGCAUCAACGUGUGCAGGGUGGACUUCAGCUUCCCCCACGAAUACUUCUGCGGUGUAAGCAAUGCUGCCAGGGACUUCAUCAACGUCAUCUUACAGGAAGACUUCCGGAGGCGGCCCACAGCAGCCACGUGCCUGCAGCAUCCGUGGCUGCAGCCCCACAACGGCAGCUACUCCAAGAUCCCCUUGGAUACCUCCCGCCUGGCCUGCUUCAUAGAGCGCCGCAAGCACCAGAAUGACGUGCGGCCCAUUCCCAAUGUCAAAAGUUACAUCGUCAACAGGGUGAACCAGGGGACCUAGCUAUCCCACCGUCCCUCCACCCCGAGGUUUCACAUAGAAGCGCAGUGUGAACCAAAGCAAGACUGAGCGUUGUCUGUAAAUAACUCUGUUCAUCAUUUCACUCCAUGUGGUCCUCUGGACUGAGAGGUGGUCCUCUUAAACCUUGUCUGUGGUUACGUGGGGUCUGAGCAUCCCAGGAACGUUCCAGAAGGUCGCGCUGAAGAAUUAAAGAUACAGAGGAAAGAAGUGUUAAAGGAAAGGGGCGAGGCUAACGAGAUAGUACUUGGUAUAAAAAAAUGUUAAUUGUACAUUCCAAAAUGAGCAGUUAAGUGGGGAAAAUGUGCACCCACUGGGAGGAGUAUAGUAGGUUUCUGACUCCAUUGAAAAUUUAAGCAAAAAAAAAAAAAGUUCUAUUUAACAGAGAUGUCAACUAUUCUGCUUUAGAUGGCUUAGAUAUAGUUUCUUAACAGGAUACAUAUACACAUACAGUAUAAUAGAUCCCAUUCAGGUUUCAGAGUUUUAUAAUAUAGAGUUCUAUAUGAAGUCAAUCAUAGGUAACUUUGAGUGCUCCCGUUAAGACAGUAAUUUAUUUACUGAAGCAUUGCAUUAUUUUGACUAAGCACAACUAGAUGACGAGUUUUUUAGAGCAUUUUAUAAAUCUUGUAUAGAGAUCUUUUAUCAGAACCUGUGUAUUAAGAGAAAGCAAAUGUGACCCCUUUGCGAUCUGCAAAUGGGAUAUUUUUUCCUCCAUCAUGGGUUGUUUGACUAAGAUGGGUUCUGUAUAUCAAAGCUUCCACCCCUGAACUCAUUGGCAGCUCAGAGUUCCUCCUGCGGGAAAGACUGCCAGGAAAUAAGUCCAAAUCUAGGAAGAGUUGAGGCGGGGGAGGUAUUUUUAUGUCCACCCUGGGACUGCCAUAGGUAAAUGAAUGUCACGAGUUCUUACAGAAGGGCACGUGGAAACUUUUCUUACAGUUCCUGUGAACAGCGUGGCGGCUCUUUCUGAUCUCCUAGCUGUAGAAUAACAGUUUUCAGAAAGUAAGCUUGCUUUAUUCCUAACCCCUCGUGAAGCUUCAGGGUGCUUACCAAAAGGAGGCAGCCAUAAAAGCCUUUUAAAGGCUAGUCCUUCCUGAAGCCAUGGAGCAAAGUCUGACCCAUCACUCUAACACAGAUGGGGUUUUACCUGUGACAACGGUACCUAUCACCACACAGCCACCGACGUCUCUGGACCAAAAGGACCAAUUGUAUUCUGAGGCCAGUGCUGCUUUCUCCAUACAAGAUUAUGCCCAGUGCCCUCUGGAGGGAAAACAAAUUAACUAGGGCAUUUCAUGUUUAUUGUUUUGGUUUGUUUUGUUUUUUGUUUUUUGGUUUUUUUUUUUUUUGGUUUUUUGGUUUUCUCUUGGAAGGGGGUGGGGGAGGCUUUUUUAAAAAUUAUUUUCUGUUUGUACACGACUCACCCUUUGUUUCCUAGAGUGUGCUUUAAAAAUUGCUUUGAUGCAAAUGAUAUUCUAAAAAGAAAUAUAACUGAAGUGUUUAUGUAAAUUGGGUUUCGUGUCACCCUGUUGGUCCCGCUAGUGGGGGCUGAGACGGCUGAAAUUAUGUGGCACAAAGUGCAAUCAGAGAAUCUGGGAAGGGAAGAUGGAACUGCGAAGCUAAACUAUUUAAAGGUGGCAUGACGGGACCGGUCUGAUUUUAAUGUAUAAAAGCACUUAUUCCCAUGGUGGAAAUAUAGAAUUAAAAUACUCAUCGUAGCCCCCUCCCGCCCACAUCGGUUUCAAAGUCAGAUUAUUCAUCCUCCAACCUCCACUACAGCUCAUCCAAGGUUGUAGGGAAAUAAGUUAGGAAGUAAAAGCAAUAAGACUAGAUAGCACCUAAUAUUUGGGGGUGGUUGACCAAAUAUGUGGAAACAGACUCUGACUGUAGUUUCCUUGUCUUCGGGUGGCCCUGGGUCAUCAGGCCCCGCUCCCUCAGAGCUUGCUUACCUCAACAUUCUUCACUUACACCAUGAUGCAGCCACAGCAUGUGCUUACUGAAGCUUUCUUAAAUAAACACGUCUUUAUUAAGAAACGCAGCAUUAAGGAGGAAGGCCUUGGGCCAGAGGGCCUAUUGUAAGAUAAAAUGCAGGCUUUGAAGACUCCAAAGACCCAGGAAGGGACAUGGCUAGGUCUGUUCUCUCUACUUGUCCACUCCGGCUGAGUCACUUAGAAUUGUUCUGAUCCGUCCAGUUUCUGUUGGGAGGGACAGAGCCCAGGGCAGGGGUGUUCAGACGCCUCAGAAGGGCCAUAUUGAAAGUGUGUUGUGCAUGGCAGAACUCUAUGGAGAACCAAGUUUUCACAGCCAUGUUUGUGUCAGUUGGAAUGGUCUAGGCUACAUGGAACUGUCCCCAGUACACAGGGAAGCCAGGAAAGGUCAAUGGCAGCUCAAGUGCAACUGUUAGAGUAGUGUAAGCUUCAGGGACGUACUGAGAGAAAGGGGGCACUCUUUGUGUGGUUUGAUGACUGAAGUGAACAGGGAGGCCCUUGUCUACGAAGCACCUGAUCCCUCCAACAGGGGACAAGAUAGAUAGUCUUGGCUGGAGAAUUCUCACUAGCAAGGUAGGAAUUAGGAGAAACCCCGUUGGCAGGGCUAGGAAAUGUAGUUUGGAGGAUAAUUGUGCUCAACGGUGGCUGGAGAAGAACCCAGGACCACUCUUCUGCACCUGUUUUGGCAGGGAGGCUUAGUACUAAGAGAGAAGAGGGAGGAGGAGAGAAAAUCUCACACUCCCAAUGCCUCCCCAGUUGUUCUUACUGGGAGUGAGCUGCCAACUGACCCCAGGACAGCAACAGUGCUCGUCAAAGUCGAAGAUUUCUUGUUUGGCUUCUAGUCAUCAUUUGUGUUAAAAAAAAAAAAAAAAAGGUGGGGUACAGAAAGAUGAAAAGAUCAGGGCCAACCCAGGAUCCCUGAUGAGAACUCUAAUACUUUUUGCGCCAUUUCCAUUCGUUGAGAAUUAAACAGAUUUCUACGCACUUAUAACUGAAUGUGGUUAAAAACUGUUAAGAAAAAAAAAAACCGUAAAGUUGGAUGUGUCCUUCCGGUCUUCCCCAGCCAUCAGCAACCUAAGUGGGGGUAGAGGAGGCAGAGGGGAAAGCUGGCUUCAUUCACAGCUUCGAGCUUCACAGAGCCUUUAUAAACAGUAGUGCCUUUCAGAGGGGAGGUGGAGAGUGAAGGAGCUCGAUUGCAUUUGGAUUGGCUGACACUGCAGCCUUUUCCCCUUAGGGUUAAGAUACGUUUUAAAUGAAAAUAUCUGAAUGUAGGGUGGGAACAGGAAUGUUUGGGUCUCUGUCUCAGCUAUUCCAAACUCAUUCUUUCUUCCAGAAAGUCUCCGUUGCUUUCUGACCCAAAGGUCCCCAUUGAUAACAUGGAAUUUGGGGAAAAGAGGAGAGAAUAUGAGUCUCUUAAGAGUGUUGAGAAAAACAUCCUUGUUGACACGUCUGUAGGAUAUUUUGAUUUUCUUCAAGUGCUACACACUGCCAGGGCUUAGAAUUUUAUUGACAGUAACUUUGAACAUUCCAGUUUCCCCACAGUCUUCUCUCUGGGUGCCGUUUGCAAACUUCUGAGGUCAACCUCUGUAAAUUGCUUCUCAUUGGAAGGUCUGGGUCCUCCUUGUCUACAGAUCAUUCGUUCUUGCCUUAUAAUUUCCACCCUUUAAGAGCUUGUCUACAGAAAGGGCUUUAGAAGAGCUGAGGAGGCACCAAAUGUCAUAGCUAUUUCUUAGGGUGGACCUGAGAGGCCGAUGCCUUCCAAGACAGCCAUCCAUUCCUUUCUCUUCCCAAGCUUCAUGCUGAAGGAAAGGGGGUGGGGGGCAAAGAAGAAUCCAAAUAGGUUCUUUUCUCGAUGGAAGGGCAGAUGUGAGAAUCAAAUACACUCCCUUGUCACAAUUCAUUUCUUUGGAGUCCCGCAGGAAUCAGCUAGAAAAGGUAAAUGACACACACAGCGGGAGGGAGAAUUAGAUUUUGGAGAAAGAGAGCUUUGACUCUGCCUUUUGUCUUCUGUUGUCUCCAAACCUCCACGCCUAUGGCCCACUCAUUCUUCUAUUUUUCUUGCCUAUCUUGAGAAGCGUGGCAAGUUAGAUGUUUGAGACUAUGAUGGAGAACAUGCAAUCUAAAGUAAGUGGCGAUUAUUUUUCUGUUAAUAGAAACUCUCUCCUCUAUACCUGAUCGAGGGAAAUAAAUUGAACACAACGGGUCUCUGUAGUAGACAAAAAUACACAGUCACCAGAUCCUAGGACAGCUCAUGAAUUGUACUAGGUGAGUUUUUGAGGAAUGUAUUCUUUCCUUGCCUGGGUAACAUUCCAGUGAAGUCUGGGUUAGGCAAACAUAUAUAAGCUUUCAACAGAUUUUUUCAUUAAAAAAAAAAAACACUUCAUGAUUUUUCUUUGCUGUUUGAAAUCUAAAGACCUUUUAGGGAAGGAAUUAUUAGACCCAGAGUAGGCUAAAGGAAACUCUCACAUAGAUUCCACCAACGGAAAAGAAAAUACUAUGAUAGUAGUUAUUUUCUGAAAAUGGCAAGGCUCUCAGUGUCUCAAUCAUUUUUAAGAGCUUGAAGGGGCUGAAAUUUAUCCAUAGACAGAUUUUUUUAAUAGAAAUGUUUUUCACGAAAAACCCAUAUGGAACUUGAAUACAGAAAUAUCAUAUGGCCAUGUUUUUUAUAGAAGACAUUUUUAUCUUAUUUUUUCAAAUAUAAUUUGAUGUUAUAGGAGAAGAAUACGGUCAGUCCACUACAAUGCUUUAAUCUUAAAUGACUGUAAUUAAAAGCCUAAAACUAACACUCCCGGGCUAUUGUCAAGAAAUUCCAAACUGUGGCCAGGUUUCGUUUUUAUCUGAAUGACCAACCCAACAGUUCAGUCAGAUAACCUACUUCACAAGGGGGCAGAGCAAAGGAAAGUGCAGAGAGCGAGACUUGGAAUUCCUGAGCGUUAAUUUAACCAAGUAAAUCUGCCAGUGUAGGGAUAGGAGUUGCACUAAUCCCCCAUUUCCAUCAAGAACUAAAUCCGCAUGCUGGAGUCCAUGGAGACCGUUACUGUGACCUCAAAGACUGUGGCUACGAAUCUCAAGUUAACACAACUUCUUCUCUUACUAACUUAAGCCAUAUCUUCCACCUCUGUGUUCGAAUCUUUUUUUUUCCUUUAAAAAAACAAAACAAAAAAACAAAACAAAACAACAACAACAAAAAAAAAAAACCCUGGUGCUUUUACUUCUGUCUCUGUUGAACUUCAUUACUCUGUGGGAAAGUAAAUAAAGCAAGAAGAGGGAUAAACGGAAAGACUGUGAAAAACUAAACAUACCCUUGAGAAAAGGCUAUUUAUGAAGAGAACAGCAGCAAUUGGGGGGCAAACUGUUGGGAAGUGUGGGUAUAUGUACAUCUGUACAAGUGUAUAGUGUAUAAUAUGUAUGUAUAUGUCAUCGCUCAUAUGCAGAAAUCUAUCCAUUUUCAGGCAGCCCAGGCGGGCCAGUUUUCCUACUGGAAAACCAUUUAGGACCAUUUGAAACCAUUAGGGAUAAAUACAUGGAGAAGUCUAGUCACAUGGUAAUUAAUUUGCUGACUCCUGAAGUCCACAUGGCCAAAUGAACAAAGUAUGAAGCACGUACUUGGGACUAUAAUUUAUGUGAUUUUUUUUUGUCUACUCAGAAAGUCUAUAUUUGAAUUCUUCUGUGUGUGUGUGUGUGUAUGUGUGUGUGUGUGUGUGUGUGUGUGUGUGUGUGUGUGUACACGUGCGUGUGCGUGCUUGGAUUUUUUUGUUUGUUUGUUGAGACAGGGUCCCUCUAUGUAGUCCUGGCUGUCCUGGGACUUGCUCUGUAGACCAGGCUGGCCUUGAACUCACAGAGGUCUACCUGCCUCUGCCUCCUGAGUGCUGGGAUUAAAGACGUGCACCAUCAUGCCCGGCCUAUAUUUGAAUUUUAGUAUCUGAUUUUCAAACUGCGCCAACACUUCUCGGUUUUGAGUAAUCCCUUCCCCCAAAGCCUUUUGAGAAUUUGUGGUGGGCUUCUCUGGCCAUUCAGAUAAAAGGCCUUAUCCAUAAGUGGACAGGUUUCCCCAUAGGGACCAUUACACAUAUACAUAUAAGUACAUAUUUCCAUCAGACUUGUGACACUUGAUUUAAAAAAAUCACUCCACAGUAUUGGUAAAUAGCUCUAUAUUUUCAAGGUGCAGAAGAAUUCCACAGCCUUAAUUAUUUCAGUGUCUUGCUGGUCUGCCUUAAGUGUAUCUUCUGGGGUUUUAGGGGGUUUUGGUUGUUUUAUUAUUUUAAUUUUUCCUGCAGCUGUUCAUUUUGUAUGUACAUGAUGUUGUUUUGUAAAGGUAGGUUGUAAAUAUUUUAUUUGUAAGUCCCACUCACUCAAUGUGUAAUGUUUGUUGUAAAGUGCCGACCUGCUGUCUUGUUAUUAUUACUGCAGUGAACGUUAUAAAUUGUGGAUGGAAAUGUACAUUUCACAUGUUACGCAGUCCUAUAAAUAUAAUAUACUGAAGAUACUA